UUCCUGUUUCUCUCAUGUCCAUCGUAGUCCGCGCUAGCCAUGUAUCUCUAUAACCUCACGCUACAGCGGGCGACGGGUAUCAGCCACGUCAUAUUCGGCAACUUCUCAGGGACUAAGGAGCAGGAAAUAGUAGUCGCGAGAGGGAAGAUCCUCGAGCUGUUGCGACCAGAUGCCGCGGGAAAGCUGCAGAGCCUGUACGCGGUAGAAGUCUUCGGCGAGAUUCGCUCGCUCGUCCAGUUUCGCCUCACCGGCUCGUCUAAAGACCUCAUUGUCGUGGGAUCCGAUUCUGGACGAAUCGUUAUUCUUGAGUAUAACCGAGAGAAGAAUCUCUUUGAUAAAAUUCACCAGGAGACCUAUGGCAAGACCGGAUGUCGCCGGAUCGUCCCUGGCCAAUUCCUGGCCGUCGAUCCGAAAGGACGAGCGGUCAUGAUCGCAGCGUGCGAGAAGCAGAAAUUCGUGUACGUUCUGAACCGCGACAGCUCGGCGCGCCUCACGAUCUCAUCCCCGUUAGAAGCCCACAAGUCGCAAACCCUAGUCUUCUCGGUAGUCGGCGUGGACUGCGGGUUCGACAACCCCAUUUUUGCCGCCAUAGAGCUCGACUACGCGGACGCGGAUCAGGACCCUUCGGGGCAGGCGGCGGCGGACGCGCAGAAGCAGCUCACCUUCUACGAGCUCGAUCUGGGCCUCAACCACGUGGUGCGCAAAUGGGCCGAGCCCGUCGACAACGGCGCGAAUCUCCUCGUCGCCGUCCCCGGCGGAGCGGACGGGCCGUCGGGCGUUUUAGUCUGCGCGGAGAAUUUCGUGAUUUACAAGAACCAGGGCCACCCAGACGUGCGCGCCGUCAUUCCCCGCCGCGCCGACCUCCCCGCGGAGCGCGGCGUUUUGGUGGUCGCGGCGGCGACGCACAAGCAGAAGUCGAUGUACUUCUUCCUGCUGCAGACGGAGUACGGGGACGUCUUUCGGGUGACCCUAGAGCACGACCCUAAAGACACGGACCGCGUGACGGAGCUGAAGAUUAAGUACUUUGACACGAUUCCCGUGGCGGCGGGGCUGUGCGUGCUGCGCGCGGGGUUCCUGUUCGCGGCGUCGGAGUUCGGCAACCACGCGCUGUACCGCUUCCAGGGGAUCGGCGACGACGAGGAGGUGGAGUCGAGCUCCGCCACCCUCAUGGAGACGGAGGAGGGCUUUCAGCCCGUGUUUUUUCACCCGCGCCGCCUCAAGAACCUCGUUCAGAUUGACGAGGUGGAGUCCCUAAUGCCCGUGCUCGACCUCAAGGUCUCCAAUCUCUUCGACGAGGAGACCCCCCAGAUCUUCGCGCUCUGCGGCCGCGGCCCGCGCUCCUCCCUGCGCAUCCUGCGCCCGGGCUUAGCCGUCACCGAGAUGGCGGUAACGCAGUUACCAGGCGUGCCGAGCGCCGUGUGGACGGUGCGCAAGAGCGCGCAGGACGAGUUCGACGCGUACAUCGUGGUGUCGUUCGUGAAUGCGACCCUCGUGCUGAGCAUUGGAGAUACCGUGGAGGAAGUGAGCGACAGCGGGUUCCUGGACACGACCCCCUCGCUGGCUGUGUCGCUGCUGGGGGAGGACUCGCUCAUGCAGGUGCAUCCGAGUGGCAUUCGCCACAUAAGGGCGGACGGCCGCAUCAACGAGUGGAAGACGCCCGGCAAGAAGAGCAUCGUCAAAGUCGGCUGCAACCGCUUCCAGGUGGUGAUCGCCCUGUCAGGCGGCGAGCUGGUGCACUUUGAGAUGGACGUGCGCGGGCAGAUGGUGGAGAUGGGCAAGAAGGACAUGCCGGGGGACGUGGCGUGCCUCGACGUCGCGCCCAUCCCCGAGGGCAGGCAGCGCGCGCGCUUCCUCGCCGUGGGGUCGUACGACUCCACUGUGCGCAUUCUCUCGCUCGACCCCGAUGAAAACAUGCAGGUACUGAGCGUGCAGGCAGUAUCAGCUCCACCCGAGUCCCUUCUCUUCCUCGACGUCCCCACCGGUCCCGGCACAGAUGGCCCUUCCACCACCACCGCUGCCUCCUCCUCCUCAUCUGCCGCCCAUGCGCCCUCCAGCCUCUUCCUCAACGCCGGUCUGCAGAACGGCGUUUUGCUUCGCACGGAGGUCGACAAGAACUCCGGGCAGCUCUCUGAUUCGCGCACGCGCUUCCUCGGGCUGCGUGCGCCGAAACUUUUCGGUGCCCAGCUGAGGGAACGACGUGCCAUGCUGUGUCUUUCCAGCCGCCCGUGGCUGGGGUAUUCGCUUCUGGGCAGCUUCCACCUGACUCCUUUAUCCUAUGAGGCACUAGAGUACGCUGCUCCCUUUGCGUCUGACCAGUGUCCCGAGGGUAUUGUGGCGGUGGCGGGGGAAACACUGCGUGUGUUCACCGUAGAGCGGCUUGGCGAGGUGUUCAACCAGACGGUCAUUCCGCUGCGGUACACCCCGCGGAAAGCUGUGCUGCAUCCGCGUUAUAAGAACAUUGUGACGAUCGAGAGCGACCAGGGCGCGUUUUCGGCGGAAGAGAGGGAGGAGCUGAGGAAGGAAGCGAUAGAAGUGACGGGGGCCGUGGAGAGAAUGGAGGAGGAGCGGCGGGAGAGGAAGGCGGCGGCACGAGCAGCGAGAGGAAGCAGAGGGGAGGACGGGGAGGAGGGGAUGGAGGAGGAUGAGGAGGAAGAAGAGGAGGAGGAGGAUGAAAAGGCCAAGGACCCGCUGCCGGACGAGCAAUUCGGGUACCCGAAAACGGUCCCAUCGAAGUGGGCGUCUUGCAUUCGGGUGAUCAGCCCCAAGGCAGGCGAGACGACGUGUCUACUGGAGCUCACCGACAGCGAAGCAGCCUUCUCCCUCUGCACUGUGAACUUCCACGCGGAUAAAACCGAGGGCGGGGCAGCAGCAGGGCAGUACCUAGUCGUCGGCACGGCGAAAUCCCUCCAGUUCUGGCCUAAGAGGAACGUUCUAGGAGGGUUCCUGCAUGUGUAUAAGUUUAAAGGGGAGGAGGGGAGAGAGCUGGAGCUGGUGCACAAGACGGCGGUGGAGGGGGGCGUGCCGACGGCGCUGUGUGCCUUCCACGGGCGGCUGCUGGUGGGCGUGGGGAAUGUGCUCCGAAUCUAUGACCUUGGGAAGAAGAAGCUUCUGAGAAAGUGCGAGAACAAGCAGUUCCCGCACGCGAUCGUGAGCAUCCAUGCGUACGGCGACCGCAUCUAUGUGGGGGACGUGCAGGAGUCCUUCCACUACGUGCAGCACAGCAAGCAGGAGAACCAGCUCUACGUCUUUGCGGACGACAUCACGCCGCGCUGGCUGACGGCCGCCAUGCGCAUCGACUUUGACACCAUGGCGGGCGGGGACAAGUUCGGCAACGUGUACUUUGUGCGGCUGCCGGGGGAGAUCUCAGAGGAGAUUGAGGAGGACCAGACAGGGGGGAGGGUGAAGUGGGAUGCGGCAGGAGGCGGGAGGUUGAACGGUGCUCCCAACAAGCUCGAGCAGGUGAUUCAGUUUCACGUGGGCGACAUUGUCACGGCCAUGCAAAAGACGUCACUCAUUCCAGGCGGCAGCGAGUGUGUAAUCUACAGCACCAUGCUGGGGGCAGUGGGGGCGCUGCUGCCCUUCGUCUCCCGGGAGGACGUGGACUUCUUCUCGCACCUCGAGAUGCACCUGCGCCAGGAGCACCCUCCCCUGGCCGGCCGGGAGCACGUGAGCUACAGAUCCGCCUACUUCCCUGUCAAGGAUGUGAUUGAUGGGGACUUGUGCGAGCAAUUUCCAUCGCUGUCGAUGGAGUUGCAAAAGAAGAUUGCGGAGGAGCUUGACCGCACACCAGGAGAGAUCCUCAAGAAGUUAGAGGACAUUAGAAACAAGAUUCUGUAGUCCUGCGCUGUUAAUUUUCUUGUUUCCAUCUAGUUUGCCUGCCUGCCAGAAAUAAUGCGUUUUUUUUCUGUCAAGCAGGCCGAUCUUAUUCUAACAUGUAAAGAUCUAGCAUUUUCUAACAUGACAUGAGCCUAC